AUGAAUGCAGAUGGCACACCAAAUCAAAUGGGCACCAUUACUCAUUGUACCUGGAAGAUGAUGAAAAUCGGAGGAAGGAAGACACUUACUCGCUUCCUCUUGACCGGCAUUGGCAAAGAAAACAUACUUCUCGGCAUGCCGUGGCUUAAACGCCUCAAUCCAAUGAUCAACUGGGAAACCGGUGACUUUUGGUUUGGUAAAGACGCCAAAUGGCCACCGAAACCCACCGUCGAAGAUGCACCAGAUGAAGAAGUUUCAAUUUUCAAGGAAGAUGGACUCCCAGAGUUAAUCACCACCGAAACUUCCCCUACCUCGUUUAGACAUUCGGAGUCUAUUAGAGAAAUUACAGCCGAUAACACUGAGCGUGGCGAGUUACCCGCAGUGCGGAAUGAUACUGAACCAGAUGACCCACCAUCAGAAACCCCUAGGGAUCAGCUCGAUGACGACGAUCUAGUUAUAUCCUAUAUCGCAGGAGAGCCAGUUAUUGGGAUAUUUGAACCCAUCAGGAAGGAGUCACCUUUGACGAAUGAAGAGACUGAAACCGCAGUCUUCACCAUACGAAGAGGUCCCGCCAUUGGAAGAAUGACACACAGUACUCGAUCCCCAUUAUUCUGUAAUGCACAGAAUACGGUCUUUUACAAACCAUCCGGUAAAUCACAAGAAUUGGCACAACAGGCACACAAGGAAGCAUCAGCUGUAGACAAACCCAAAACCGUCGAGGAGUUGGUCCCCAACUACCUCCACGAUUUGAAGUCCGUCUUUGAAAAGAAAGCAGCUGAACGUUUUCCAGAAACUAGACCUUGGGACCAUGCCAUUGACUUGAAACCCGAUUUUAUUCCACACGACUGUAAAGUCUAUCCGUUAUCGCUCAAAGAACAAGGAGCGAUGGAUGACUUCCUGGAAGAAAAUCUGCGAAAAGGAUACAUCCGACUGUCGAAAUCUCCCAUGGCUUCACCAUUUUUCUUCGUAGGAAAGAAAGACGGAGCACUACGUCCCUGUCAGGAUUACCGAUACCUGAAUGAAGGGACGGUGAAGAACGCCUAUCCUCUUCCGCUCAUUUCUGACCUUAUGGAUCAAUUCAAAGGCGCAUCGAUCUUUACGAAAAUGGACUUACGCUCCGGAUAUAACAAUGUCAGAAUCAAAGAUGGUGACCAAUGGAAGGGUGCAUUUAAGACAAAUCGCGGACUUUUCGAACCUAUGGUCAUGUUCUUUGGACUCUGCAACUCCCCGGCGACUUUCCAAAUGAUGAUGAACGCACUCUUCAAGGACAUGAUCGAUGAGGGAUGGAUAGUCAUUUACAUGGAUGAUAUCCUCAUCUUCUCAAACGAUUUGGAAGAACAUCACGUUCGAACCCGACACGUACUCCAACGACUUAAAGACAACGACUUAUUCCUUAAACCGGAAAAGUGUUUCUUUGACGUUAAAGAAGUCGAAUUCCUAGGCAUGAUCAUUCGAGAAAACUACAUUGGCAUGGAUCCUAUCAAACUUAAAGGAAUUGCAGAAUGGCCUGAACCAACCACGGUAAAAGGUGUUCGCUCUUUCCUAGGGUUUGGAAACUUCUAUCGGAAGUUUAUUGCCAACUUCUCGGAUAUUGCCAAACCAUUGACGAAUCUUACGCGCACUGCCGCUGGAUCUCCACCUUUUGAAUGGACAACAGAAUGUCAGACAGCUUUCGACACAUUGAAGCAACGAUUCAGUACCGCCCCAGUACUGUUACUGCCUGACAAGGCAAAACCCUUUAUUGUUGAAUCCGACGCUUCCAAGUUUGCUACGGGUGCAGUUUUACGCCAAGCCGAUAUCAAUGGAGACCUCCAUCCUUGUGCCUACAUUUCACAGACACUCAAUCCAGCUGAACGGAACUACGAAAUCUACGACCGCGAACUCCUCGGAAUCAUUCGAGCCCUCACUGAAUGGCGCCAUUAUCUUGAAGGCUCUCCCCAUCCCGUCGAAGUUCGCAGUGAUCACAAGAACCUCACGUACUUCCGUACAGCUCGGAAGUUAAACCGCCGACAAGCACGAUGGAGUCUCAAAUUAUCACAAUUUGAUCUUCACCUCAUCCAUGUCCCUGGAACUCAGAUGAUCCAAUCUGAUGCGCUCUCUCGUCGUAAUGGACUCGAUGACAGUGAAAGUGACAACGAAGAUCGCAUUCUUUUACCCAACGCACUAUUCGUGCGAUCCAUUUCCCCGACACUAUUCGACGAAAUCAGGAAUCACGCAGCAAAAGACCUCAUUGUUCACGAAGCCCUCGAAGCGAUUGCGCACAAAGGGCCAUUCCCCAUGAAAUCAUCGCUUUCCGACUGGGAAGUUCGCGAUGGUGUCAUCCUCUACAAGGGAAAGAUUUACGUUCCACCAUCCGAAACUCUUCGUCGUAACCUAGUUCGACUACAUCACGACUCCCCUGCCAUGGGUCACCCUGGAAAGUUCAAUACUCUUGAACUGUUACGUCGUGAAUUCUGGUGGCCCGGCAUGUAUACAUUUGUCUACAAUUAUGUUGAAGGCUGUGCCGCCUGUCAACAAAUGAAACCGAAUACUCAUCCAACUCGUAUUCCUUUGGAACCAAUUCCCGCCGACCCACACGCAUUACCAUUUUCCUGUUGCACCACCGAUUUUAUUACCGACCUCCCCGUUUCCAACGGUUUUGAUUCAAUUAUGGUCGUAGUAGACCAUGACCUUACGAAGGGGGUGAUUCUUACGCCCUGCCUCAAAACGAUCACAGCUGAAGGAACGGCCAAGAUUUUUCAUGACAAAGUAUACUCGCGAUUUGGAUUACCCGACCGAAUCAUCUCGGAUAGAGGACCUCAAUACGCAUCCAAGGUCUUCCAAGAGUUAAAUCGACUACUCCAGAUCAGAUCAUCAAUGAGCACAGCUUAUCAUCCUCAGACGGACGGAGAAACAGAGCGAGUCAACCAGGAGCUGGAAAUCUAUCUUCGACUCUAUUGCGGAAACAACCCUGAAACAUGGGCCGACCGCCUGCCAGACCUCGAGUUUUGUCAUAACACAAGGGAACACUCGGCACGGAAGAUGAGCCCAUUCCGCAUCAUGAUGGGAUAUGAACCACGGGGACUCCCUUCCGUAUUUCCGACCACGAACAUUCCAUCAGUUGAAUCCAGGCUUGACAUGUUGCAGAAGAUAAGACUAGAAGCACUAGCCAUGCACGAGUUAGCACGACAACAGAUGGCGGACCGAGUCAGACAAGGAUCACCGAAGUUUACACUAGGACAGAAGGUCUGGCUAGACUCGAGGAACCUGAAGGUCAAUUACGCCUCGCGCAAGAUAGCACCAAAGCGUGAGGGGCCAUUCGAAAUUGUCGAAGUCAUCGGACCAGCCAACUAUCGUCUCAAACUCCCGAAGACCUGGCGAGUUCAUUCCGUAUUCCACGCUGCCCUUCUAUCUCCUUAUCGCGAAAACGACAUACAUGGUCCGAAUUAUGUGAACCCACCACCUGAUGUCGUUGAUAACGAAGAAGAGUACGAAGUCGAAGCCAUCCUGAAUCACAAGACGUACCGAGGUCAUCUGAGGUACUUAGUCAAGUGGAAGGGAUAUUCUUCAGCAGAAAACUCGUGGGAACCUACCCACAAUUUACAGAAUGCCAAGCGAAUCCUCGAUGCAUAUAAAAGGACCAGGGGAAUCCAGUAG